CCUCGCAUCCUAGGAGCAGGGUGCGGGGGUGAAAACUCCGGCCCCGAAUGGGCGAGUAUCUCCCUAAAUUAGACAUAAGGUUUUAGAUAAAGCUAGAAUGGCAUGGCACCAUAUUCUAAUCCAUAACCAGGGCACCAUUCUUACCAUAACCAAACACUCCCACAACUGAGUCCGAUACCUGGAAGUCCAACCCCCACAAGUCACGCACGCCACACUGCAGGUGUACAACAGCUGCGUUUCCUUCCGAGUUCCCCUUCCUCUGUUCAACCCGACCCACCACCCAACAUGAGGUCCAAACCCGAAACCCAAAGCCUCACCGCUGCAACGGAGCCACUAUCAUCCACGUCCAUGGACCCGAUCUUCCACCUCCUCCGGAUCCUACCAUUCGGCUUCCUCCGCCCACCCAAGCUCCGCCUCAAGCUCCCAAACCUAACCCUCCCCUCCCCGAUGACCGUCUACGCCCUCGUUCUCCUCACCUACUUCAUGGUCGUCUCCGGUAUCGUAUACGACGUCAUCGUCGAGCCACCCGGUAUAGGUUCCACCCAGGACCGCGCCACAGGAUCCGUACGACCCGUCGUUUUCCUCCCCGGACGCGUCAACGGCCAGUACAUUGUUGAGGGCCUCUCUUCCGGCUUCAUGUUCGUGCUCGGCGGCGUCGGCGUCGUACUCAUGGACCUCGCGCUUGAUCGCAACCGCGCCAAGUCCGUCAAGGUCUCCUACGCCACCGCGGGGAUCGCCUCCGUGGUGAUUGCCUACGUGAUGAGUAUGCUAUUUAUUCGGAUUAAGAUCCCGGCUUAUCUUAGAUGAAUUUUGAAAUUCAAUGUGGGAAUCAUAUCCCUUUCUUCUAUGUUUGCGGCAUUCCUUUCUAGGUUGUUUCUUGAAAUGGAUUUAUUCUAUACAAUUAUUGAUCUUUUCUCACGUACAUUUCUAGCGCCUUAUGUUAAGGUUUUCCUAUUUCUGAAUUACAAUUACUACUAUUAUUAGUGGGAUGUCCUUUUUUCCCCUCA